CGGGCCGAGCCCAGCGCUGCAACGGGUUCGGGGCCGGGGAACGCGGGUCGGCCUGGCCGUGCUUACAGGUUGCAUUUGGAUCACAGCAACGUAUGGCUGGCAGAUAGUGCGUGUGUGUCACGCUAACUGUUGUGAUGCUCAUGUACUUGAGCUUGCGGGCUCUGCAGGUAGUCACGGGUGCAGAACGUGUUGCCUCGACCCUUCAUGUUUCAGUUCUGUAUCAUAAAAUGGUUGCUGUAAGGCUUGAAAACUUGGCUGGAAACAACAGCUGGGGGCUUUCUGGAAGAUGACCAUAGAGGGUAUUCCAGAACCUUCCUUUGAAGGAGAUUCUUUCACUGAAAGAGAUCGGUUUCUGUUUCCAAGCUCUGAAACAUCUGUUACUUUUUCUGUUGCUGCAGCACCGAUGCCUUCAGACUGUGCAGAGUUUUCCUUCUUCGACCCCAAUGACGCGGCGUGCCAGGAAAUACUUUUCAACCCCAAAACGUCUGUUUCUGAAUUGUUUGCUAUCUUAAGGCAGUGGGUUCCACAGGUCCAGCAGAACAUUGAUAUCAUUGGAAACGAGAUCAUUAAAAGAGGUUGCAACGUGAAUGACAGAGAUGGACUGACUGAUAUGACUCUUCUGCAUUACACUUGCAAAUCAGGGGCUCAUGGUAUUGGUGAUGUUGAAACCGCGGUAAAAUUUGCAAUGCAGCUUAUUGAUCUGGGUGCUGAUAGCAGCUUACGCAGCCGUUGGACAAAUAUGAAUGCCUUGCAUUAUGCUGCUUACUUUGAUGUUCCAGAACUUAUUAGUGUUAUUUUGAAAAAUGCAAAGCCAAAAGAUGUGGAUGCUACCUGCAGUGAUUUCGAUUUUGGAACAGCUUUGCAUAUUGCUGCAUUUAAUCUAUGUACAGGAGCUGUCAAAUGUUUGUUGGAACAUGGAGCAAAUCCUGCCUUUAGGAAUGACAAAGGGCAGAUCCCAGUGGAUGUGGUUCCCGAUCCAGUAGAUAUGCCACUGGAAAUGGCAGAUGCAGCAGCCAGUGCAAAAGAAAUCAAGCAGAUAUUGCUGGAUGCGAUGCCCCUGUCAUGUGACAUCUCAAAAGCCAUGAUUGCAAACUAUGAUCAUAUCACAGGCAAGGCCAUGCUUUUAUCGCUUGGCCUGAAGCUGGGAGAUCGUGUCGUUAUUGCGGGACAGAAGGUUGGUACGUUAAGAUUUUGUGGCACAACGGAAUUUGCCAGUGGGCAGUGGGCUGGCAUAGAGCUGGAUGAAGCAGAGGGAAAGAACAAUGGGAGUGUUGGAAAAGUCCAGUACUUCAAGUGUGCACCAAAACGUGGUAUCUUUGCACCUCUCUCUAAAAUAAGCAAGGCUUAUGAUCACAAGAAAAGCUCUGUACGAAGUUCUUCCACACGAUCUUCACCUUUGAUCAAACCCAAGAAAAUAGAUGUGACGCACAUAACUUCCAAAGUGAAUUCUGGCAUAAAUAAGUCAAGAAAACCCAGUGGUUCUGAAAACAAAUUCAUGACUGUUAAUAGGGGGAAAACUGUACCUGCAAAAGGAGGUUUUCCUGAAUACAGCAGCUCUUCCUCUUCUACUACCUCCUUAGAAGGCAAGCAGAAUUACGCUAAGAAGCGGAACUCAACUGGCAGCAAUAAAAAGCCACUGACCAGAGUGUCUGCUGCUUCAUCUAGGAUUAGUGCUGGGUUGUACAGUUCUUCUCCAGCGCCAAGGAAAACCCUUUAUGAUGAGAGAGGAAUUCAGGUUGGAGACAGAGUACUGGUAGUAGGACAGAGGACAGGCACUGUUAGGUUUUGUGGGACGACAAAAUUUGCACCAGGAUUCUGGUGUGGAAUCGAACUGGACAAGCCUCAUGGUAAGAAUGAUGGCUCCGUGGGUGGUGUCCAGUACUUCAGCUGCCUUCCUCGCUAUGGAAUAUUUGCACCUCCUUCUCGUGUUCAGAGAUUAACAAGUUCGAUGGAUUCUCUUGCAGAGACUUCGAGUAAGAUAAAUCACUCUUUUCCAGGUUUUAGACGCAGUUUAAGCACCACUUCUGCAUCUUCACAAAAAGAGAUAAGCAGAAGAAAUUCCUUCGCUAGAUCCAAGAGCUCUGUGUCACGGCACAGCUGGAGCCACCCCAGCACAGCUACCACAGAGGGACUGGUGAAGCUGCACGAAGGCUCGCAGAUUCUUCUGACCAGCUCCAAUGAAAUGGGCACCAUCAGGUACAUUGGUCCGACAGACUUUGCACCAGGGAUAUGGCUUGGCCUUGAGCUGCGAAGUGCCAAGGGCAAGAAUGAUGGCUCUGUGGGGGACAAGCGUUACUUCACCUGCAAGCAGAACCACGGCGUCUUGGUUCGACCGAGCAGGGUAACCUACAGGGGGAUCAAUGGGGCUAAACUCGUGGAUGAUAUCUGCUGAGCCAAAAGAUGCUCAGAUGAUAGGAAACAUUUAAAGCACACAGGAUCCCCAUACAGAAUGCCAACUUAUUUUUAAAUUAUCAAACCUGCAUUUAUAUUUUAUGUAUAGAUAGAUAUCUAUAAUAUAUAUUUGUAUUUA